AUGAACUGGGCCGCCUAUCCCGAACACCGUUGCAACGCCCCCCCGGACGCCUUCGAUCGCUCGUUCUACCGCAAAAGGCUAUUAGAAGAUGCAGCCCGACUGUUCAAGCCCGGGGAGUCCGAGGUGAAGCUUGUGUACGUAGCAAAGCAGCCGCAUGCUAUUAGUGCACGAAUGGUAACCGAUCUCGCUUCCCUGGGCGAAGCUUUAGCGCCACUGGAGCAAGAGCAGGCCCACGGGCUCUCCAGUGUCUUCGUGUUCAUCAAGCAACGACACUCUUGGGACCACCUGAAGAUUAGCCUCGAGCUGAUGCAGCGACUCCUGGCCUUCUUCGAUGUCUCGCCGCUCUUCCUUGACUAUCUCCAUGGUUUCGGGUCUAGGAGUGACAACAUAGGAGACGAGUACGUCAGCCAUCGCAGCGUCGAAUCUAUGUGCGGCGACGAGGGCCUUCGGACCGAAUCUUGCUAUAACCUCAGAUUUCCCGAGAAAAACGACCGGCAAACAAGGAACCCGUGGUCUAUGCGCCACAGUGCACUUUACAUGCAGCGUGACCCUCAAAAGGAUCUUGAUAUCUGGAUUUUAAUCCAACCAUCCACAUCGUUUGAGUGUCAAGCCACAAGGCUUAUAUCUUCUCCCCACUGCCGAAAUACGCUUAUUCACUCUGCUUUCUUCUACUCUACUGGUAGGUUUUGGAGAGACUAUAUCAAUGACCUCCAGAAAGAGCUCCUACCGACGGAGCACAAGGCCUUCUACUCCAGGGUCGGAGUCGCAGGCAACCACGAUUUUUCACUCGCCUUUAAGGACUACCAACUCCUUCAGCAGCUGAACCAGGAACUCCUGCGAGCUCAGUACAUAAUAGAUGGAAGCGUCGACGCCGCUGCAUGCCGCAAAGAGCUGGCGGCCCAGCAGCCGGGAUGGACAAACGACAAUAUGUUCACUGACUACAUCGCCCAAACGCAAGAACAGCGUCGCCUCCAGCAGAUUCUUACAUACCGCAACGACGAGACGAGCCAGCGGAUUGACGGCGGCAUCGUACGGCAGGCGACGGCCCUACACGACCUGGCGCGGGCGGCGGCCCGUGAUAGCGAGGCGCUGGCAUCUCUCGGGCGGCGUGCGCAGCGUGACUCGAGGACCGUCAAGGUCCUGACGAUAGUCGCGGCUAUGUAUCUGCCCGCAGCGCUGGUGGCGACCGUGUUCAGCUCUAACCUGGUGCAGUCGGUCUCGUUGGGCGAGGGGGCGGCAACGGCGGAACACUUCCAGCUGGCGUCGCAGUUCUGGCAGUUCCCGGUUGCGACCCUGCUUCUAACCGUACUCACCCUUGGACCGGUGUUGGCGUGGACACAUUUUCAUAAUGAUGAGGUGGUGGCAGCGAAAGUAGCGCCAUGA